AUGGAGGAUUCUGAUUUAUUUCCCGAGGAAGAGGGGUGUGGAAAGUAUGCAGAGGAGAGCUGCAGCGGCCGCUUGAAGAGGGGAGGGGGCUUCCUUUGUCUCUUACCCAGAACGCUCAGCUUUAAAGAUCCGAGCGAGACGAACAGCAAAAAAGCGUCAGCUAUCGUCGACAAACUUGGGAGCCUUCCGCUAGCUAUUGAGUCGAGUGCAAACAGGGGCCUGGGCCUCGGGCUGUUGAAAGCCUUCAAGGAACAGGGCUACAAUGUUUUUGGCACUGUCAGACCACAGACAAGAUCCGACCCGUCGUUCAAAGAGCUCGAAGCCACGGGGGACACCAUCUUUGACCUCGACUAUCUAGACGAGGACAGCAUUACGGCUGCAGCCCAAAGCUACAGCAACAACCAAGCACUCGAUGUUCUGAUAAACUGUGGCGGCAUUGAAAUGUACCCAGAGAGCUGGCUGGAAACUACUGCCGAUGCGCUGGUGUACAAGUAUCGCGUCAUGACGGUGGGACCGUUCCUCGUACGAACAAUUUCUCAAUUAACAGGAUCCGCUGGACGGCACGGGCUGGCCCACGGCAUAGCAAACGAUUCCGGAACACACAUCAGCUACCGCGUACCCAAAUCUGCGCUCAAUGCGCUCAGCAUCUCGAUUGCGAUUGAGCUUCGCGCGGCAAAGGAAAAUAUCGCAGUGCUUUGCGUCGACCCCGGCGAUGUACCAAUCAAGCUCAGCCGAUGGGCGGGAGAUGUCAAUCUGAACGAUUCGGUGCGCGGCAUGUACGAACAGAUCGAGAAGGCUACCAUUGGGGACACUGGCCUGUUUGUAAACUGGAGAGGCCACAAGUGGCCCUAUUGA